AAUUUUUUAGGGACAAAAAAACUCGUGGUUGACUCGAGGUUGACUCGUGACUCGAGGUUGACUUGGGCACGCGGUUGGCUCGUGCAACGCUACAACUCGCUAGGAGAUGAUGCCACACUAAUGUGAGAGAACAAAACCAUUUGGAAUAGUAAUCGCCGUGACGCUAAAAUUUGCUAAGUCAUCUUGACCAAACAAAGCAGACUACCUGAAAUUAAAUUGAUUUAUUACAUAGCUACUUAUUUGAAUAACAAUGGUUCCUAUUACACCCUGGGGUCUCAUUCUACAAAGAAUUUGACACAAACUAAAUGGACCAAAUUUAUUUUGAAGUUUUAAUUAAAUGUAGAUGUGACACAAUGUUAGUUCUCCUGCAAAAAUAUGGAAUUUUUGGUUAUUGCUAUCACUCAGGACUUGUGUACAUGGAGAUUAUAGCCUCCUAUGUAUAUAUUGUUCAGUUCCAGAAAAUAUCCAAAGGAAGGGGAGGGAACUUGUAUCACCUCUCCCCUCCCUUUGGAAGGACCUCCUGUCCGGGAGACUCAGGAGAGUUGGCUUGUAUCACUUAGUAAUAAAUACACCUUAUUGAAUGCUUUUACAUUUAUCAGAAGCACUUCACCUUGUCGAGGUGAUAUGCUUCUGCAUUUUAUACACACUGAUAUUUUGCAAGUUGCGUAGUAUUUUUCUGAGCCCAGAAUUGGGGAGGAAAGAUAUAAGUAAUAUGUAUUCAAAUUAUGUAUGCAGAAUGUCAGCUUGUAUAAUAUGUUAAACCAUGCAAUAAGCCAGUAAUUAUUCUGCAAUUAUGUCAUUUUCUAGUAUUUUGGCUUUUAGUUUUCGCAAAACAUUCUGCAUCAUCUGAAAAUUGUACUGAUCACGUAUGUGCAAUGGCGAAAAGUGCAAUACAGGCUCAUAUUUUGUGCGUUCUCUUGGUCUAAUAUGGUAAAAUGGCAUAACAGUGAAACAAAUAUUGGUGAUUUCCAGGACCCUGGUUAGACUUGUGUCUAUUGAUGAUCCCAAGGUGGAGGGGGGAGAACUCCCAGAAGAGAAGGUCGGGGAUGCUUGUCGUUUUGCUUAGGGGUAUAAAUCAAGAACUGAAGUCUCAUUUAGGGUGUUUAGGAUGAAAUGCUGCUAUUUUUUAGGUAUCGUUUAGGGCUCAAACAAUGCUCAAGCCACACCCAGAUCACUCUUCUUUAGGGGUUGAAUUCAAUUUUCUGACAAGCAUCCCCAACUUUUUUAUAUUGGAACCCCCCCAGCUAUUAAUAUCUUAAUGUUGAGUGCCAAAAUGCAGACCAUUUAAUUAUAACCUCAUACUUUAACAGUUUCUUACUGAACCCAAAACUAAUUUCCUUUUACUGCAUCAUUAUAAUUUUAAUUUCAGUUGCUAUAGUUCACUCCAACAUAUCUAGAUAAAAAUGGUUGCAAUAUUAAUGGUCCUCACUAGCCAUGGAGACAUGGGGAAUACUGGAAAAAAGACUGGAUGGUAUUUACCAGAAAUGGCUCAUCCAUACCAUGUGUUCAAGAAGGCAGGCUACAGUAUGACACUUGUCAGUCCAAAGGGAGGAAAAGCUCCAUUGGACCCUUCCAGUCUCGAAGCAUUUAAGGAGGACCCAGUCUGCAAAGAAUUCCUUGCUGACAAUGAGGCAAUGAAGUCUGUUGAUAAUACCAUUGCUCUCAACACCGUUGAUCCUGCCAAGUUUGAUGUUGUGUUUUGUGUUGGAGGACAUGGGCCCAUGUUUGAUCUACCACAAAAUGAAACCUUGGAAAAAGCAGUGAGAACGAUUUAUGAAAAGGGAGGGAUUGCCUCAGCAGUUUGCCAUGGACCAGCUGGUAUUGUAAACACCAAGUUAUCAAAUGGUGAGUACCUAGUGAAAGGCAAGAAAGUGACAUGCUUUACUGACAAAGAAGAGGAUGCGAUGGGAUUGGUUGAGGCAAUGCCCUUCCUCCUCGAGACCAAGCUCAAGCAACAUGGAGCAGUGUUUGAAAACGCAGACCUGUGGCAGCCAUGUGUCUGUGCUGACAAAAGAGUGGCGACUGGACAAAAUCCAGCCUCGGCCACACCCUUGGCAGAAAAAAUAGUGGAACUGUUGAAGUAGUCCUGUUAACAGUUUUGAAAAGAUACAUUUGAUAUUUCUAGCUUUGUCAUGAUGUCACAGAUUGUUCUGCUAAUAAAUGAUUAAUGACUAUA